CCAGCCUUCACCUACCUCGCUACACCGCCUGUACACCCAGCGUCCGAGAGAGGCAGCCACUUGGAUCGCCAUGACCGCCACCUCGCGACCACAGCACGCCGCUCACGCCAACGGCACCCUGACCCCGCCCGACGGCGCCGAGACCUUCGCCAAGUUCUUCGAGUGCUGGAUCUUGCAGCAGUCCCGCGACCUGGACGCGCUCCGUGCCGCGGCGGCGGCGUCCGCCGGCCACGAAGACGACGCCGGCCUCCGGCGCCUGGUCGACCGGGUCCUCGGCCACUACGAGCACUACUACCGCGCCAAGUCCGCGGCCGCCUCCGACGACGUGCUCCCCAUGUUCGCGCCCUCCUGGAUCUCCGCCACCGAGACCCUCUACCUGUGGUGCGGCGGCUGGCGCCCCACCGCCGCGCUCCAGCUGCUCUACUCCAAGUCCGGCGCGCAGCUCGAGGCCCAGCUCCCGGCCUUCCUCGACGGCGGUGACCUCCACGACGGCGACCUCGGCGGCCUCUCCGCCGACCAGCUCCAGGCCGCGGACCAGCUCCAGCGCCGCACCAUCCGGAGCGAACGCGAGAUCGAUGAGGCCGCCGCCAGCGCGCAGGAGUCGCUGGCCACGGUGAAGAUGGUGGAGCUCUCCGCAGGCGGCGGCGCGGCGGAGGAGGGCAUGGAGCGGGAGAUGGGUGCGAAGGCGGAGGGGAUGAGGCGGGUGCUGGAGAUGGCGGACGGGCUCAGGAUGGACACGCUGCGCGCCGUGGUGGCGCUGCUCCGGCCGCCGCAGGCCGUGCACUUCCUCGUCGCCGCCGCCGAGCUCCACCUCUCCGUGCACGACUUCGGCCGCCGCAAGGACGAGGCCAAGUGA